AAGGAGAAACAGGAGGAACAGAAGCGAGCUCGUCGCGAAGGUAGAACGCGCGUGUACCGCGUGCACUUAGUUUAUCGUGUAUCCAGAAAGAGAGAAAGACAGAAAUAGAAAAAAAGAGAAAGAUAAAAGAAAACAACGAGCACGACUCUCAGAGUCUCGAACUCGAGAAGUCUUCGCGAGUCCGGCGAACCGACACACCGCUCACCGAUUCCAAAGUCCGUCGGUAGGCUCAGUUGUCUCCGAACCCCCGUACUGUUCGGAUGUAGCUACUUUUCGAGUUUUAUUUAAGUUUUUUUCCACGUUUACGAAAUUUGCUUGUUUCGUCGUUGUUCGCUGUAUUCUUGUCUCUGAAUCCAUCUUAUUUUUUGAAUUUAUGUUCGUUUUUCACGGACUCGUGUGAUCGUUGUGCGGUGGAACUCAAUUUUGAAGAAAAAGGAAAAAUAAAAAAGACAAACUUGAUACGAACAUUUUACGGAAGGAAACACAAAAGGAGAAAAGUUUUUGUUCCGUGGUUGUCAAUAAUUCGCUUUUACUAGAAUUGUUAUUUUUUUUUUAUUCACUUUUCCACGGUUACAUUUGAUUGCGUGCAGUCAAUUAGAAAAACGAGAAAAGAAGGCAGAGCGCUGGAGCGGCGAAGAAAUCGAAAGAAACUUGAGGAGAAGAAAGAAAGAAAAUCUCAUCGUUUGAACGAACGAAUAAUCGAGCAUCCUUAACACGUAGCAAACACGUAGAAUGGUAGCCUCACAACACGACGGUACCAGAAGUGUCGGUGGCGGUGGUGGCGGAGACGGUGGAGGCGGCGGUGGAGAUGAGACCGUGUACACGGUGACCGUAAGUGGUGUCGGUUACAGGAACGAGGGUUACAAGGACGACGGUACCGACGGUAUACCUCCUGAGCCGCAGAAACCACCGCAAUUAUCGUCGACGGACGAUGACACACAAUCAAGAAAGUUCAAACUCUCCCGCGGCGAGAAAUGGCGUAUAUUGAAGAACAUUAGCACCGUAUCCGUGGCGUUUAUGGUGCAGUUCACCGCGUUUCAAGGCACGGCUAAUCUACAGUCGUCGAUUAACGCCAGUGACGGUUUAGGCACCGUGUCCCUUUCAGCGAUUUACGCUGCAUUGGUGCUAUCAUGCAUCUUCGUUCCCACCUUCGUUAUCAAAAGGCUCACGGUUAAAUGGACAUUGUGUAUUUCGAUGCUGUGUUACGCGCCGUACAUCGGGUCCCAGUUCUAUCCGAAAUUUUACACCCUGGUACCGGCUGGCGUGCUCCUUGGCUUGGGUGCCGCGCCCAUGUGGGCAGCUCAGGCCACCUAUCUCACACAGGUUGGUGGUGUGUACGCGAAACUCACCGAUCAGCCGGUAGACGCCAUCGUGGUCAGGUUCUUCGGGUUCUUCUUCCUUGCCUGGCAGACCGCUGAACUCUGGGGGAAUCUCAUUUCUUCGCUGGUGCUCAGCGGGGGAGAGUUCGGCAGUGGCAGCGAGAACAGCACCACCAACUCGAACAAGAUCAAGCACUGCGGCGCAAAUUUCUGCGUCCUUGGGAACGGUGGUCACGAGACCUUGGAACGUCCUCCGGAAUCGGAGAUCUAUGAAAUAUCUGCGAUCUAUCUGUCUUGUGUAAUAGUCGCCGUCAUCAUCGUCGCCCUGUUCGUCGAUCCGCUCUCGAGGUACGGUGAGAAGCAACGAAAAGUCGACAGUCAAGAGCUCAGUGGUAUACAAUUGCUUUCUGCAACUGCUUAUCAACUGAAGAAACCCUAUCAGCAACUCCUCAUACCGAUCACAAUAUGGAUCGGUAUGGAGCAGGCGUUCAUCGGAGCAGACUUUACACAAGCUUAUAUUUCCUGCGCGUUGGGCGUGCAUCGAGUUGGCUACGUAAUGAUCUGCUUUGGAGUUGUGAACGCUAUUUGCUCCUUGGUCUUCGGUUCUUUAAUGAAAUUCGUCGGCAGGCAGCCACUUAUGGUGCUGGGCGCCAUCGUCCAUGUUAGUCUUAUCGUCGUGCUACUCCACUGGAAACCGAAUCCCGAUAACCCUUAUGUUUUUUAUUCUGUUUCUGGACUUUGGGGUGUCGGUGAUGCUGUAUGGCAAACGCAGGUGAACGGUCUGUAUGGCACCCUGUUCAGGCGUAACAAAGAAGCAGCGUUCUCAAAUUACAGACUGUGGGAGAGUGCCGGUUUUGUGAUAGCAUACGCGUACAGCACCCAUCUAUGCGCCCGUAUGAAGCUGUACGUGAUGCUAACAGUGUUACUCGUCGGAACCUGCGGAUACAUUGUAGUCGAGCUGUUGCACAGGCGUAAGCAGAAAAGGCUGAAGGCCAUCGCGGAGGAUCCAAAGGCUGCUCAAGCAGAGGCGAAUCAAGUGGAGGAGACCGACGAUGAAAAGGACGAUAUCGACGACGAUAUCAUUAUAACUCAUCUCUGAAACAACAUCGUUCACCGACGAGGAAUCUCAUCAGUGACUUGAUCGACUCUUCUCUUUUAUUCUUCCUUAUUGCUUUUUUCCUAUAGUAACGAGCAUGAUUACACCAGCGGCAAAUAUGUAUAUGUAUAUGAUACAUCAUCCGAUCCUCGAUCAUCUCUGAACGAGUGAUCAAAAACCCGUCAUGGAAUAGUAUACCAUGAUUGUUACCCGUUUAUAGGAAGCGUAAGGAUAAAUAUUUUUCUUUGGAAGAAUGUAGAACAGAAAUUAGAUAAGAUCGGUGAUACGAGUAGGGUCGCGAAUCGAAUUAUUGUUUUUAUUAUUCGUAUUGCUGAUACGACGUGAUUAAAUUGUUGUACAUUCGUCUUAAGAUGAAUCGUGGCUAAAAAAAACAAAAAUAUCGCAGGAUAUGAUAAGAUAGCCUAAGAUGCUCUUAUUAGAGCGCUUUUUAAUAUUCUUUUUCGAAUUUUUUUCCCCCUCCCCUAGUAGAUUGUUUUUAUUAAUUCCAUAACUCUAUAAAUUUCAUGUUAAACGCCUCGUUAAUCGUCAUGUUAUAUAUAUCGUUGGACUUGUUGCCCACGUGUUUUUUCUUUUUUCUUGCAUCGAAAAACGAAAAAGACAAACGCAUGUAACGCGACAAAGCUCGCGGACCAUUGUAUUAGAAACACGUUCCUUCGGUUCCGCCGGUUUUGGAAACCGAAAAAGUGUGAAAGAAUGAAAAAGAAAGAAAUCGACUCAUACAAAAUUGAUGAGGGAUAAGGAAAUGCGCGAAAUGUGUAUUACUUCGUGGAUGUGUUGUUAUGCAGUAUGUAUCAUUUUGUAGAGAUUCUAUACGACGAUUCCAUUGUCAACAA